AUGCCACCGAUUCCGCCCUGCCCUAUUAUGGUUGCGGUCUUGGACGACUACCAGGACAUUUCAGCCGCUCAUUUCGAAUAUCUGAAGCCCACGUUUCAAUUUACCGCCUUUGAACAUACGCUCCCUCCCUAUGAUCACCCUUGCACCUCUGAGAGCGCCAAGAAUGAGUUGGUGGAAAGGCUUAGGCCGUACACUGUUAUAUCGUCCAUGCGCGAGCGCACUGCUUUCCCCGAGGUCUUGCUAAAGCAACUCCCGAAUCUUAAGCUCCUUCUUACCACUGGCACCCGCAAUCGGAGUAUCGAUAUGGUGGCUGCUCAAACGCUCGGAAUAAAGGUAACUGGUGCGCUUGGGUCCGGCGGCCCUAAUGCCCCUUCUCUUACCGGGAAGAAGAGGAAAGGGCCGGAUAGCACCACCCAGCACACGGUUGCUCUUGUUCUCGGAAUUGCCAGGAAUAUCGCUCAUGACCACGCCGUUGUCAAAGCCGGAGGCUGGCAAACCGGUGUAGCAACCGGGUUGUCGGGCAAGACCUUCGCCUCUCUGGGUCUUGGUAAGCUAGGGGUUUCCGUGGCAAAGAUUAUGCACGUUGCGUUUGGUAUGAAGGUAGUAGCGUGGAGUUCAAGUUUAACGCAAGAUGUGGCCGAUGAGAAAGCUGAAGCAGCAGGGCUGCCGACCGAAGAUGACGAUGGGGAAAAGACAUUCAAGGUCGUUUCAAAAGAGGAGCUAUUCCGGAUUGCGGAUGUCUUGAGUGUACAUUAUGUCCUGUCAGAGAGAUCACGCGGCCUCGUCGGCUUGGAAGAUUUGAAGCUGAUGAAGAAGAGCGCGCUCUUCGUAAAUACGUCUCGAGGACCGAUCGUUGACGAGAAUGCGCUGAUCGAAGUGCUGAACGAGGGGAGGUUGAGGGGUGCUGCGAUCGAUGUCUUUGAUAUCGAGCCGCUGCCAAAGGACAAUGAGUGGAGGACUACCAAAUGGGGGGAGGAUGGUAGGAGCCAUGUUUUGCUGACUCCGCACAUGGGAUAUGUUGAGGAAGAGACGAUGAACAAUUGGUAUGAUGAACAGGCGGAGAAUUUGGAGAGGUGGUUCCAGGGCAAAGAGUUGUUGAAUGUUUUGGCGUAG